UUUUAUUAUUUUUUGUGUGUUCUUUUGUCUUUCUCUAAUCUAGAAUGUUCUUUUUUAUUUCAUUUUUGCCAUUGUUUCUCUUUAAAAAGCAGAGCCCGUGAAAGAUGGGUUGGUGGAAGGCCAUGGGCGGUUAGUAUUAUCAAAUCAUUUUUCAGGUGGUGGUGGUGGAAGGAGUGGGUGUGAUGGCGUUGGAGUUCAGGUCGCAGAUGGACGACGCGUGGUACGACGCACGGAUAGUGAUGGACGGCUACGAUUGCCUGAGGGUGAAGUUCAUCGGCUUCCCCGACGACCACGACGAGGUUUUCGACGCCAAUAACUUGACUUCCUUCAAAGAUAUCGCCGAGUUCAGGCGCCGGUUCAGGCCGGUGUCCGUACAGGUUCAGGAUAAUGAGUGCUCGCAGGUAGCAAAGGGCACGCUCGUCUGUGUCGCCCACGCAGUCUGUCCCGACGACCGCCGCUUCUACGACGCCGUCGUCUACAAGGUUUUGCAUGAGGAACAUCGGUUUGUAAAAGGAGAAGAAGAAUGCCCAUGCAGCUUCAUUCUCUUUUGGAGACACGGUCCAAAAGCUGGGUGUUUAACUGUUCAAGAUCUUGAAAACAUAUGCAGAGUCCAGCCUCGUAGAAGCAAAAUGAAUCCACUUCUGACCUCUUUUCUAGAAACAGCCAGGGAGAAAAUUGAAAUCACCCUUUCUAAAAUUUGUGCAACUCCUCAUGAACCUGCCUAUGAUGAAAAAGCUUGUAGGCCCAGCGUUUCUCAACGUUUAAAGCAGGAUACAAGCACUUCAAGGCGACCCUCAAGCCUUAUCUCGUCUCUUAAAAGGUUUGUACAAAUUGCCCUUAAAACCUUUUCCAAAUGCAUUAGUUUCUUAAUCUUUUACAGUUUCCUCAAGCCAGAAAUGAAUGGAAAUCCUUCGCAAAGGGCUGGACAUGUCAGGGAGAUCGAAGGGACCCCCCAUAUGAUAAUCGUUGACAAUCUUGAGAGGGGUUUAUAACCGUUAAAAAUUGUGGAAUUUAGACAUAAAAAAGUUUCAAUCUCCUGUAAAGCAUUUGUUUUGCCAUGUAUGUCGUCUGAGUGGUAUACUCGAGGAACCAUUCUGGUGGACAGCAAAACGAAUGUUGACAAGUUAUCUGACUUUCUGGAGGGUCCCGAUCACAUCAUCAUCUCCUCAAGUGGAAGAAGCACUCCGAAACAUACCUUAAGUGAUUGUCCAACAUGGCACAGAGUCCUCGUUUGCGGGUCAUGUGUUGGAAACAUCCAGUCUCCCACCAGAAAUCUUUGUUGAUUUACAAGACCUUGGGUGAUGACUGAGAAAACACGGGUACAUGAGCCAUCCAUUAAAAACUUCAUGCUUAUAUCUCAG